AUGAAUGUUGUUUAUCGUAAUAGUCCGACUCGCUCGGGAAAAUCUGGUUCUUCGAGAAGUCGACCACCGACAACCGAUUUGCAUAGUAGUGGCAUUAAACAAGACUCUGACAGUGAACGUGACAAUGCCUCGCGCAACAUAAUCGGCAGAGCUCAAGAUGCGGCAUCAGGCAAGACUGAUGCUAAUCAAGUUUCGAAAUCUCUAAAAAGUGACGCUGAUAAGACGGUUGGUUGUCUAUCAAGCACUAGUUUCGAUAGAACGUCUGUAAUAAAUGAUGAAAACAAAUCACCAGCCGUGAAUCGGCAGGAAAACAUCACUGAUCGUCAGAGUGCAGUCAGAUUGGCAAUAAGUGUUUCUUUCACCGAUCAAUCGCCUUCGAAGAAAUUAGAUAGUAAAGUUGCUAAACGGGACUAUGAUGGUGGAUACCACAAUGACGAUACAUCGAGCGACAUGAUUUUCAGAACUCUAGAUCCAGAAUCGUUCAAGACUGAUACUUCAGUUUGGCAUCUUGUAAAAGGCGAUGCUGAUGAGACCGUUGCUAGUGGAUCAGAUACUGGUUCUGGUAGAAGAUCUGGAAUACCUGAUGGAAAUAAAUCGCCAAUACUGGUUCGGCAAGAAAAUAUCAUGAAUCGUCAGACGCCAGUUCCAUUAGAAAAAGCUGAUUCUUUCCACGAUCGAUCGCCUUCGACGGAGUUGCCUAAUACAGAUUUUAUUCAAGACUAUGAUACUGGACACCAUGGUGACGCCAUCUCGAGCGAGUUGGUUGAUAGAGAUGAAGAUCCAGCAUUGGAAAAAAGUGGUAGUCAUAGUCCAGUUUCAAAACCUGUUAAAAGCGACGCUGAUGAGACCGUUGUUAGUGGAUCAAAUGCUGGUUCUGGUAGAAGAUCUGGAACACCUGAUGGAAAUAAAUCGCCAUUGCUAGUUCGGCAAGUAAACAUCAUGGAUCGUCAGACGCCAGUUCCAUUAGAAAAAGCUGAUUCUUUCCACGAUCAGUCGCCUUCGACGGAGUUACCUAAUACAGAUUUUAAACAAGACUAUGAUACCGGACACUAUGUUAACGCCAUCUCGAGCAAGUUGGUUGAUAGAGAUGAAGAUCCAGCAUCCGAAAAAAGUGGUAGUCAUAGUCCAGUUUCAAAUCCUGUAAAAGGCGAUGCUGAUGAGACCGUUGUUAGUGGAUCAAAUGCUGAUUCUGGUAAAACAUCUGGAAUACCCCAUGGGAAUAAAUCGCCAUUGCUGGUUCGGCAAGUAAACAUCAUGGAUCGUCAGACGCCAAUUUCAGCAAUAACUGAUUCUUCCCACGAUCAGUCGCCUUUGGCGGAGUUGUCUGAUACAGAUUUUAUUCAAGACUAUGAUACUGGACACCAUGGUGACGCUGUCUCGAGCGAGUUGGUUGACAGAGAUGAAGAUCCAGCAUUGGAAAAAAGUCGUAGCCAUAGUCCAGUUUCAAAUCCUGUAAAAGGCGAUGCUGAUUGGACCGUUGUUAGUGGAUCAGAUACACGUUUUGGUAGAAGAUAUAGGAUAGUUGAUGGAAACAAAUCACCACCAUCGGAUCGGCAAGGAAACGUCAUGGAUCAUCAGACGCCAAGUGCAUUAGAAAAAGCUGAUUCUUUCCACGAUCAAUCGGCUUCGGUGGAGUUACAUAAUACAGAUGUUAAACAAGACUAUAAUGUUAGACACCAUGAUGACGGAUUGCAAGUUUCAAAAUAUAAAAAAAGCGAAGAGAAUGAGUUCGAUGUUGGUUCAUUAGAUAUAGAUGUUUUCGACAUCACUCUGCUUGAAAAACGGCUAGAUGUCAUUGAGAAUGAGUUUUAUCGAAAACAAAUGGAUUUAUGGGAACCGGCGUCCAUUCAACAACUGACUAAUUUGAUUAAGAGCCUUUCUAGGGAUAAACCGUCAGUCGAUCAUGCAUGGAUUAUUUUCUAUUGGAUAGGAAACAACAUUAAGUAUGAUGUCAAAUCCUACAUCAGUAACAAUUAUCCUAAACAAUCGGCCGAAGCCGUUUUCAACUCGAGAAAAGGUGUUUGUGCUGGAUACGGAAAUUUGUAUCAAAAACUAGCGGAUAAAACGGGCCUAAGAUGUGAAACUGUUACUGGUUAUGCAAAAGAAUACCCAUUUGAUUUGAGAAACGCAAAAAAUGCGAACACUGAUCAUGUCUGGAAUGUGGUUGAGAUCGAUAAUUACUGGUAUUUGAUUGAAGCAACAUGGGCCGCCGGCUAUCUCGACGAGUCAAAACGUUUUAAGAAAAAAUUCGAUGCCUAUUAUUUUCUGCCACGACCAAAUGAAAUGAUCUAUCAUCACUUACCUAUGCAGGAUAAAUGGCAACUGUUAGAUCGUCCAAUUACUCGUGAAAAUUUUUUGUCUCGCCCUAGAACGUAUCCAGAAUUUUUCGAUUUAAGACUAAAAGUAGUCUACCCUGAACGACCUACAUCGACUGUUUCAUUAAUUAAUGGUAAAUCAUACACAAAAAUAGUACUAAAAGUUCCGAAUGCAGAUGUGGAAGUUAUUGCUCAUUUGAAGCAAAAUGGUAACGUCGUUGAAGGUGGUGAUCGAGUAAUACUUGAUAAUGAUGUUUAUCGAUGUUUUUUCGCUCCACAAUCGAGAGGUUUGCACAAGAUCGUCAUUUACGCCAAACGAAAAAGUGAAGAACGUUAUUCGAGCGUGGUUGAAUUUGAUUUUGAUGUAUCUAAAAAGUUGGAAAAACCAAUAAGCUAUCCUAAAACGUGGGCAUCCUAUUUUCAUUUUGGACUUGAAGUUAUUAGUCCGAAUGAUAUCUAUUCAAUUCGUUUGAAAGAGAGUGAGAUUCAAACAGAAAUACUAAUCAGAGUUCCAGAUGAUAUAGAGCUGACUGGUAGUUUAAAGGACCAUGAUGGUAAAAAGGUUCCCGGUGGUGAUAACUGCUACUAUGAUAAUCAGAAGCAGCUUUGGAGAUGUCAAUUUGCACCUUCAAAAAAUGGAAUACAUGAAAUUAAAAUAUUUGCCAGGAAAAAAUUUGAUAGUGGCACCUAUUCAUGUGCUUUAGCGUUCGAACUAAUAGCCACACAUCUGACAAAAACCAUCUCUUUUCCGCGUAAGUGGCAAUGCUUUUAUGAUUAUCAAAUGGAAAUUGUUGUUCCUAAAAACAGUCACUCUGGCAUAUGGCCACUGCAUGGCCCCUACUGUGAAAUUUUGAUGCGUGCACCAGAUAAUAUUCAUCUAUUAUCAACAAUUCAGUAUAAAAACAAAGAAAUUGAAGAUGGCAGCAUAGUACAAUACGAUUCUGAUAAAAAAUUAUUUCAAUGCUUAUUUGCUCCUCAGAAUGUUGGACACCACAAAUUAAUGAUCUAUGCUAUGCUAAAUAAUGAUACAAAACAAAACUAUUCUUCAGCUGUUGAAUUUGCUUUGAAUGUAACUGAAUUGAAAUGUCCUAUUACAUUUCCAAAGAUUGAUCCACAAUUUCAAAGAGAUAAAUGCCGAAUAUUUGAACCGUUAAAUGGUGUUCUUAAAAAAGAUACAAAUGUCUUCUUCCACUAUCUGAUACCAAAUGCCGCCACUAUCAGAGUAACUGCAGAUGAGAAAUGGAAGACGGUUGACAGCUAUGAAAAUAAUAUUUUGAAACAUCAACUUAAACUAACCAACGAACAACAAGUGACAAUUUACCGUCAACAAAAAAAUGAAGAGAACUUCGAUGAAUUAGUGAGAUAUACUGUUAAAUAA